UUGGGGUUUAAAACGCAGCGUUAGAGGAUAUCUUGUUGGGGUUUCCAAUAUGGCAGAGGAUUUUCAGGCUGCUAUUUGCGGCGAUAAUUGGUGGAGCUCUUCCCGGACCAUGUUGGUGGCUGUCGGUGGAUUGUCGCCGUGUUCUAUGGGGAUCGGCGACUUAGCUUGGCCGCCGGCCGAUGAUUUUUCCGACAUCAAACCCAAAUCCACCGCUAAUUAUUCCGACAAUCAGAACUCCAUGUUUUUUCAAGAUUAUUCCACCUCCGAUCAUUGGAACCAACCCCAUGAUUUGCUGUUGAAGCGAGGAGAUUAUUUGUUGGAACAAAAUGGGGUGAAUUGUAUGAACUGUUGUUCUUCCACUAGCCAGGGUUUGUUUCCUCUUGACUCAGCUUUAUAUGGAUACCCUUCCCCUUCAACUAAGCUGCUCCAUGGCUUAUACAAUAAUGAUAAUGAUGAUGAUGAUGAUCAUCCUGACCCUCACUCCCUUUUCAACGCCGCCACCACUCCAAUUAACACUAAUUAUCCUUCUAAUUACCUUAUUAAACCCUCUCUCCCAAUCCCGCCGCCCUCUCAGCCUGUUUCACCUGCCCUGCACUUCACAAACAACACACCCUUUUGGAAUGCCUCGCACGCACCUCCUUCCAUUGAAAUUCCACAGAAUAGUAGGCUUGGUUUCAAGGCUAUGAAUAAUGGUAAUUGUGAAGAUGGUGAAGAAGCACGGAAAGGGGAUAAAAAUGAGCCGCCGGUGUUGAAAAGGCCUCGAAUUGAAACUCCUUCGCCAUUGCCAACAUUUAAGGUGCGGAAAGAGAAGCUAGGGGACCGUGUCACUGCCCUUCAACAACUGGUUUCACCCUUUGGAAAGACUGAUACAGCCUCAGUUCUUCAUGAAGCCAUUGAGUACAUCAAGUUCCUCCACGAUCAAGUCAGUCUGUUAAGCACUCCAUAUAUGAAGAACAACAACGGAAUAACACCCGUUCAACAACAACAGGUAUCAGAAAAAGCAGACCCAAAACAAGAUCUGAAAAGCCGAGGCCUUUGUUUGGUGCCGAUCUCAAGCACAUUCCCAGUGACAAAUGCAACAACGGCGGAUUUCUGGUCACCGACGUUCGGCGGAACAUUCCGGUGAAGAGAUAUAUAUAUUGAUAUAGGAUUGAAUUUGGUGUAAUAAUGAAUGGAAACAAAAAAAAAAAAAAGAACAGAGAUGAGUAGUAAUUGUGUUAGUCGUAAUAUUGGGAAGAACAGGAACAAGUGCUAAAUUCAGGUAAAGUACUCAACCACACGGACACGGACACGGACACGGACACGGCAGCCGUGAAGUGGGUGGUUGAUGAUAGCUGGAUUUAGCAGAUGGGGGCUGAAUUAUAGUAUAAAAUUGGCCCUUCUGUUCCUGUUCCUUUUAAUCUUUAAUCUUUAAUCUAUCAACUUCAUUUUGGCUCCCCCUG